AUGGAAUCUACUAUUGCAAAAAUGAUCCCUUUGUAUUUAGGUUUUGAGAAUAAUGUUUACAUGAUAGGGAUUCAUGGUAUGGGGGGUCUGGGAAAGACAACUCUUGCUAGAAUUGUUUAUGAUGAGUUUCAUAGUCAUUUUGAAGGUUCUAGCUUUAUUGCUAAUGUUGGGGAAGAUUCACAAAAAUACGGUUUGCCACGAUUACAAAAGCAGCUUCUUGUUGACAUUUUGAAGGACAAAGAAAUAAAUAUACGAAAUGUUUAUGGAGUUGACAUGAUUAAGAAAAGGCUAUGCCACAAAAAAGUUCUACUUGUUAUAGAUAAUGUCAACCAUUUGGACCAAUUAGAAAAGUUGGCUGGAGAAAAAAACUGGUUUGGAUUGGGGAGUUGGAUCAUCAUAACAAAUAGAGAUGAACGUGUGUUGAUCCAACAUGGAGUGCUUAAAAGAUAUAAGCUUGAGGUAUUAAAUAAUGAUGAUGCUUUAAAACUUUUUUGUGUGAAAGCCUUCAAAAUGGAGCAACCCAAAGAAGCUUAUAUUCAGCUCUCCCAAAAAGUUGUAGAAUAUGCUAAUGGCCUUCCACUAGCUCUUGUUACUUUGGGUUCCUUUUUGGUUGAAAGAACAAUUGAUGAAUGGCAAAGGUAUACGAAAGAUGAAGUACUAGAGACAUUAACAAAUCGUGGUUUUGAUGCAAAAAUUGGUUUAAGUGUUCUUGUGGAAAAAUCUCUCCUAACCAUGGAUGACAACAAACAUUUAGGGAUGCAUGAUCUACUACAAGAAAUGGGUCAAAAAAUUGUUCGUCUAAAAUCAGGUGGAAAUCUUGGAAAGCAGAGUAGGUUGUGGCUCAGUGAGGAAUUGCUUUGUGUAUUAAAGAACGAUAUGAGACUCUUUUGUCGUAAAACUGGAUAUGAAACUUCCCCCAAAAGGAAAGAGGAUGGAUCUAAAACUGAAUUUCAGAUAAGUAUUCCUGAAUUUUGA